AUUUCAAUCACAAAACAACAGAUCCGAGGAUAGAAGGAUUCAGAGAGUUCAAUCAAAGCAUCAAAUCACAAAUCAAAUCAAAUCAUCACAUCAAAUCAGUCCAACAAGAAGGCAAGAAAGAAGUAGCUAACUCAGAAGCAAUAAGAACCAUGUCUUCCUCCUCAGCUGCCUUUUCCCUUGACCAAAUCUCCCCUCCGCCCUCUGAGAAGCUAUGCUACGUGCACUGCAACUUUUGCGACACAGUCCUCGCUGUUAGCGUUCCUUACACGAGCUUGUUCAAGACUGUAACGGUGAGGUGCGGUCAUUGCACCAACCUUCUCUCUGUUAACAUGAGAGGGCUUCUUCCCCCGUCCACCAACCAGCUCCAUCUCGGUCAUCCCUUCCAAUCUCCGAAUCAGCACAAUCUUUUGGAAGUACUAAGUAACCCACCACCAAACCUGAUGAUGGAUAAUCAGGUCUGCCUAAGCAACAACUUCACAUCUCCAUUGACAAAAGUAACAGAAGAAGAACUUCCGCAUAACCCAAUUAUCAAUAGGCCUCCAGAGAAGAGGCAGAGAGUUCCCUCGGCAUACAACCGCUUCAUCAAGGACGAAAUUCAACGAAUCAAAGCUGGCAACCCCGACACCACCCACAGAGAAGCAUUCAGCGCUGCUGCUAAGAACUGGGCCCAUUUCCCCCACAUCCACUUCGGUCUCAUUCCUGAUCAAACCCUGAAGAAGACCAGCGUGCACCCUCCGGAGGGAGAAGACGUUCUUCUCAAGGACGGAUUCUUUGCAGCUGCGGCUGCUAACAUGGAAGUUGCUCCGUUCUAGGCGCCGAGAACUGAAUGGUUGAGAGUUGGUGGCUUCUAAUUACAAGGGUUUAGUUCAUUUCCACGUGCCCGCUGCUUGUUGUUAUAGAUUAUUAGGGUUUGUUCUCUCUACUACAUAUUAUAGAGAAGUUCGAGACAAUGGUUUUACAGUUGCUAGGGUUAUUUUCUUGCCGUGAUUUUCUUUUUCUCAUCCUUAGCUGUUCCUGUUAGUUUCCUUGUUUAGUAAAGGGAAAGCUUAUGAGCCGAGCGUCUCUGAAAAAAUAGGCAUGCUGCAGCUGUUAUUGAAACUGUUUAGCUAAUCUUGGAAUGCUUUGUAAUGGAACAAUUGAUUUCUUAUAACGUUUGCUUUUGUUUUAAUUUGAAGAAGCUGAUGGUUGCUUCGAGUAGAUCUGCUAGAGAAUGCAGAUAAAUUGAACUUAGCUUUGUCCAAGUGCGUUAGCAUAAAAUUGAAAAUUUUCUUUCCAUAAAAUUGAAAUAUGAAGCAAAGAGGGGAAAGAAACAUCCAUUGAAAGAGUGAUCAAAGCAAGUUCAAAAUAGAUGAAUAUUUUAACAAAGUUUUGAGAAGGUUAAAUUUUAUCAUAAAGUAAAUAUU